UCCCCGGAUAUAAAAUGGAAGAACCAACUGCGAUACUUUUACUUCGCAUUGCGACACACUCUCUCUCACUUACCAAAGCCUAUUCCGACUCUUUGACAUUCAUUUGGCUCUUGAAACCAAUUUCAAAAUGCGAUUGUCCGCUUUCAGCCGCAACAACGCCAGCAGCAAUGGCAAUGUUCUGUUCUUCCUCUUUUCAAUCCUGUGCACCUUGCUCCUCUUCACGUCCCAGGCACCCACUGCCUUAGCCGCUCCAGUCAGCACCGCUCCCAGCAGCAACAACAAUGCCUUGGACACACUGCAGCUCGCCGCCCGCGACAAGCACAUCCCUACCAAAGCGCAAGUUGAAGAACUGAUUCAGCCGGCCCACCUCCACGAGUUCAGCCAGUACGCUAAGCGCAACCAACCCCCAAAAGACAAGGCUAUCUUCUUCACCGGCCAGCCGCAGAAGGCCAUCAACGAGCUGGUCAAGUGGGCGAACGGGCAGCAUCUCACCUCGGUGCGCGACAUCUGGAAGAACGCCAAUUUCUUCCAGAAGGGCCAGUACAAGGAGGUUGACGCGGCCACCUUCACCCGCUUCCAGCAGGCCUUCUCCAAGUACUACGCGCAGCAGACCACCGGAACCGCCUACCUCGUCUUCCCGCACGACAAGAUCCCCGCCAAGACUGGCAUCUUCUACAGCGUCGAGCUGCCGGAGAUCAUCGCCCAUGGGAAGGUCGAGGAGAUCGUCUGGAUCGAUCAGGACAGGAUCCACGAUAAGGGUUACGAGUGGAAGACGGAAACCAAGGUCUAUUGGAAGAAGGGGGAGAGCAAGCCGGCGGGUGCUUAGAGGUUUCGGACUUCGGACGGUUGGCGGUUACUAGGUUGUCUUUAUGGUCAGUGGGUUAGAGAACUGUUUGCGG